UUCAAGGACAAGAAUGCAAGGUGUUCACUUUUAAUUGUUCUAAUACUCUUUUCUUUAGUGAAGUCUUGGUAAAAAGGUCUAUAUUAUCUAUGAUAGGAAAAAUACAGCAGAAUUUAGAUAACCAAAAAACACUAUCCUUGGGUUGGUUGGCUCUUGAACUUUACACAAUUGACAAGAAUGUCUUCUUGAGGCAUCCUAUCUGAAUUUACAGUUGUGAGUUAUUGAUCGCCCGUAGUGGAAGUUGGAACAACAUUUCUGUUGUUUAAUUGCUCAAAUCAACAGACGAAGUUGUAUCAUUAGCAUUGUUGUAGGAAUUGCCGGCAUUCUUUCUUAUGCAGAGGGCAUAGAUUAGAAUAGUUUUAGUGUAACGUGGGCUUAAAUCUGGCUGUUGACAGGAUUUUCCCGUCUCUAACAGCUUUAAUCUAAUAGAGUUUGUCGAUGAGCAUUUAACUCCCAUUUAGAGGAAAAAGGCAACUCUACAACAACAACAACAACAACAACAACAAGCUCAGUAUAAUUCCCCCAUGUGGGGUCUGGGGAGGGUAGAGUGUACGCAGACCUAACCCCCACCUUGAAAGGUAGGGCGGCUAUUUCCGAAAGACCCUCGGCUCAAGAGAGGAAAACAAGACAAAAGGUCAGAUAGGACCAAGCAUAUCGAAAAUAAUAUGAAAACAAGGAAUAACAAAAGCGAGAAAGUCAUGAUAGAACAGAUAAAUAAGAUAACCAAAGUAUAACGACCCAACAAAUAUAAGCAGCAAUCAAAUGCAGAAAUCAAAUGGCAAUAAACAAAUGAGCAAAACUACAACUACUAUGGUGAAAGGAGCAAGCAAUAGCUAUGCAUGCUGAGGAGGAAUCUAAACUCAAAGCAAGUCCUCAACACGCUCUAAACUAUCCACCAGUUGCCAGCAGAAGAUCAAGGCAGAAUUUGACUGAGGAGGAGAAAGAAGAACGAAGGCUGUGUCGCGUGUUAGCAAAUAGAGAGUCUGCCAGGCAGACAAUUCGCCGUAGACAGGCCAUGUAUGAAGAAUUGACAAGAAAAGCAGAUGAUCUUGCAUCAGAGAAUGAAUAUUUGAAGAAGCAAAAGGAGCUGGCAGCUAAGGAGUAUGAUUCUUUGAUGAACGUAAAUACUAGCUUAAGAAUACAGAUAGCCAAAAUAGAAAAGGCCAAAGUAGAGGAAACAGAUGGUGGUUCUAAGUCAAAACCUGUAGAAAUCUCCACUACAAAUACAGCUCCAACUCCAACUCCGACCCCCCUUUUUAACCAAUCUCCAAUUACACCUUUCUUUUGGCCGUCCAUUGUUCAACCUUUCAGCUGUUUCUUCUUACAGUGUGGUUCUCAAAAUAUCUCUGAUAUUACAUCUGUGCUGCCUUCACCAACAUCUGUAGACUUAAAUUCUAUCAACGGACAAGAGUCCACUGCUGGAAAUCCAUUAUAUGUACUUCCCUUCCCUUGCUUGAUCCCGUAUCAUCCUCAAAGUAAUCCGUUUCAUCCUUGCUCCUCUACCCUUACUGAAAACCAUCCUGAGGCUUCCUCCGUCCAUCAAUGUAGUACUCCAUAUCCAAACAUGGAGAACAAUCAAGCGGCAACACUAAGAGACUACGAAGCGGCGCUUGGUUUUCCACCGGAUGGAGGUGCAUCGAAGGGUAGCCGACAGCCUUCUGGGGUCCACUCCAGAGAAGUGGGCCCGAUGACUGGUACGUCUGGACAAACUGACACUCCUCAAGACAAUGCCCUCGAUAUCAACACUGUUUCAGAAAAGACAUCUCAAGAGUCACUCGCCUGCUCUAGUGAAAAGUUGGUAGAUGCCAUUGCAGCAACAGAGGCUCGGAAAAGAAGGAAAGAGCUACUGAAAUUGAAAGGCCAGCACUCCGAUCAUGGCUCGCACCACCGAGCUUCCGCGGAGUGAAUCUUGAUGUGAAUUCGGGAUUAGAUCAACUUCCUUGAGUUAAUGGCCGGGCGCUACAUUAGAGAUUUACUCAUUGGAACUGGUGGAGGGUUUGUAAUAUUACCAUCUCUUGAGUGAUGCAACUUUUUUUUUAAUUUCAGUAAGAGAUGGACUAUGAUGUUGACUACUACAGAAAAACAUUACAAGUUUUGUGAGGAUUUUGUUAUUUGCCAGAGAGUAAAUAUUGGAAGAGACUGUAGCAAUAUGUGGUUCCUUUACUUCAUAAUAGCCCUUUUGUAAUAGAGCUAACAUUGUCGUUUUGCAUUUUCUAUGCCUUGUAAUAGCCCUUUUGUAAUAGAGCUAACAUUGUCGUUUUGCAUUUUCUAUGCCUUGUAAUAGCCCUUUUGUAAUAGAGCUAAC